UAUGAUGUCAAAUCCUCACAUAUGCUGAGUACAUCUGUGUGUACAGUAAAACCUAAUCAUUUAUCCAAAGUCAAGAAAAAGCUCUCCGUUCAGUUUAUUGUUGUGCAAAUGAAUGAUUUAUUUCAUUUUAAUUAAAAAGGUUGUUUAGUGUGUGAUUUUUUCCCCAUCAAUCCAGAGAUGGUAGCAGAGAAGGAGAACAGAGGAACGACUCUCUGCUCUGAACAACAACACUGUUAUCAACAACAGCAACUGCAUCAUCCUCAGCCGCUGAACUCCUCCAGGCCCACAUCAAACUGGUACAUCGGACGCAGACCCCGCACUGCCUUCACCAGCAGCCAGGUGAAUGUACUGGAGACAGUGUUUCAGGUGAACUGUUAUCCAGGCAUCCAGCUGAGGGAGCAGCUGGCAGGAAGACUCGAUCUGGACGAGGACCGAAUACAGAUCUGGUUUCAGAACCGGCGAGCCAAACUGAGGCGUUCUCUGAGAGAAGCCCGGCUACGUCUAGUCCAGACAGCGGUGGCUGACCUCAGGGUCGGACACGAGGUCAUAGGUCAGCUGAAGGUCAAGCAGGAUGAGCGAAGUGACCUGGAACUUGCCUCUUGUCUCCAGCUUGAGGUGGAGGAAGAGGAGGAGUAA